CGAAUCCACCAGCAGUUACUUGGAAAUCCUGUGAGGCAGUUCUACUCUGUCCUGUAGGGUCGCUAUGAGUCUUAAUCGACUCAGCUGGCAACGGGUUUGGGUUUUUUUUGGUUUUAUACGUUAUGUUUAUUGCUGUCUGAUAUUCCGGUAUGUGAAUGUAACAGUGUAUUCUUUCUACCGUUGAUGGACAUUUUGUUUACAGCUUGAUGCUAUUUAGAACAUUCUUAUAUUUGGACUCUAGUGCAUAUUUGUAGGAGUUUCUUUAAGGUACGUUCCUUGGAGUCCUAAGUGUAAAGUUGUUGAGUCGUAGGGUAUGUGUAACUUUACCAGGUAACAAACAUUAACAAACUUUCACUUGGGGUGCCUCAAAGUUAACCUCCCAGGGCACAUUUUUACUUUGAUUUGCAGUUCCGGGAAUCCGCCUUUUGGGAAGAGUAGAUCUUCUCAUUGAGCAUCCAACGCCAAGAAAGCAUUGAGUUUUUAAUGAUGCCCUUACAAAGUACCAGUUAACAACUCACAGGAGAUGAACUUUAAAAAAAAUAUCUUACCUGAAGUGUUCUCAGUCGUCUUUCAAAAAUACCUCCCUACAACAAGGGAGAGAACCCUUUAGAAAUUACAAAUACGUAUCAUUUGGCUUUGUUUACUCUGUUACUGCCUCUGGAUCUUUGUCAAACCUGAGUUCCUACAUUCCAUACUAGGUUGUUUCUGCAGAAUCCCUAGCACUUUAAGUGACCUGUACCCUUCAUGGAAACCCUGGUGGCAUAGUGCUUAGGUGCUACGGCUGCUAACCACGAGGGCGGCAGUUUGAAUCCACCAGGCGCUCCUUGAAGACUCUGUUGGGCAGUUUUACUCUGUCCUGUAGGGUCACCAUGAGUCACAAUCGACCUGACGGCAGUGGGUUUGGUUUGGUUUUUGGAUACCCUUCAUAGGAGUAUAAAGUCAGUAAGUACAUGACUUAGGCCUGACUCAAGUGCAGCUUGUCUUCAGAUUUGGAGAUGAACAAAUUGCUAGCCUUUGCUAGGAGGUACUGUGGUUAGUGAGCACCUUUAUUUCAGCCGCUCAGGUUUUCAAUAGACCUAAAACCUUGUUUUUCAAGCUUGACUGCUCAGCCACAACACAUUUGUGCAUUGUAUUGCUGUGUUCUCAAGCUUUCAUGUUGUAGAUCAAACUACCCUCAAUGGUGGAAAUUAUAUUAGAAGCUUCUUGGAUGUAAGUCAUUGUGGAAACCAUGUGGCCUUCAAGUUUCUAAAUGAGCUUGGGUAAAAAGACACUGAGUUUCUUCUUUGGAAGCUCUGGAAUUUCCUUUAUUUUUCUGAAAGUUUUGGAAAGGACCCUGGAGAGAUGAGUGGUACUUGUUUUAGCUGUGUCCCUAUUCCAGUUAGAGGAGGCUAGUUCUCUACAGCUGUUUUAUCAGAUUCAAGUAAACAUGGUAGUGUUCUACGUGGCAGUGUGCCCACGUUUACCUGUCUUCCCAGGAAACACACACAGCUUUGAAAAGAGUUUGAGAUGCUAUGUAGUGUAGCUAUAGGAAAGGCAUGGCUAAAUUUUAUCAUGGUUCUACUGAUUCCUUGACAGUGGUUAAUAAUAGUAGUCAAAAUAUUAUAGCUUCCAUUUACUGAGAGCUUACAUGAUGUACCAAGCAAUAUGCUAAAUGCUUUACCUUCAUUAUAUCAUUAUAAAUUCCUUAAAGCGAGACAUUUUUUACCCAAAAAAGUUGUAGUUUGAUAUGAUUCAGCCUCAUUUUCAGGAUUAGGAAAUAUGAGGAGUUUUCCUAAUAUGUAUGAAGAAGCUGAGUUCCAGACUUUACUUAAGUUCAGAGUUGUCUGGCUCCAAAACUUAUGGUUCUUUGCUAUAUUAAGCUACUCCUCAAUAUGACUUAGCCAGCUAAGCAGUAACAAAACCAAAGCUGGAAGCCAGUUCCAUUCAGGAUUCUAUCAGUUAUACUACACAGUUUCCAAAAUCUAUUGUGGAUUUUCUUUUUUUUCUUUUGUAAAUCUUCAUCAGUUUAAAACAGACAGUACUAGUAACUCUUGUUUUUUUGUAUUUGACAGGAUUUUAUGAAAUAGAUUAGAUACCAUGUUCUGUGAAUUUAACAACCUUGUUCUGAAUUUUAAGUAAACAUUUAGAGGUCCCUACAACAUGUAAGACCCAGUCUGUUGCUCAAGGGAAUAAGACAUAGCUCCUGAUUGAAAGGAGCUCAAGACUUAUGAGGGACUUUAGCAACUGCAAUUGACAAAGCCCUGCUGUAAAUGGGGGUACCUCCCAUUUGCCCUUCACUGAGGUCUUUGCACCAUCAGGAAACUGAGUAACUAGGGGUAGUAGGUAAGAAUAGGACUAGAGACAGAAAUUUUAAACGUUUGAGCAUUAAAACCUAAUUUCCUCCAGGGAGGAAGUAACUGUUGGCUUUUAUUUUUAUUGUUAAAGUAAAACUUGAAAAGAAUUCAGAUUAUAGAAUUGUAUUCUGGGAAAAGUAAAGGUCUGGCUCUCCCAGUCCUGCUCCCUGCCUGGAAACACUUUAACCCUUGGUAUUUAUCUUUCUGGACUUUUUUCUAUUCUGAAAACUCUGAAUCAGAGAAAGGUAGUGCUGGAAGGAACGUAAGAAAUUAUCAAGUUCAACUUUUACAUUUUACAGAAAAGGACAAGUCCUGAGAGAGUAAGUGGGUCACAGUUGUGGUGGCAGUAUUAGAAGUAGAAUCUCGGGCUCUUCAUACCCAAGCAUCUUGGGCUGGAGUUCAGAGCCUGUGCUGUUGAAGAAAAGCAGCAGCACUGUUUUGUUCUAGACAAGUCCUGACUGGGAAAAACAAAAGUUAGAGAACUGAAGUCCAGAUUGAAUUUGGAGUUGAUUUUCAAGAUUGAGGUAUUAUGUCAUCUCAAGUAGGAAAUUUUGUUUUUGUCUGUUGUUUUGUCCCUUUUAAUCCUAAAUCAGGUUGGCCCCUUUCUAAAUUGAGAUGAUAUUUUUCCUUGUAUUACCUCAUUUUUUGAGCCACUAGCUCCUACAGUUCCUUUUUUACUCUGACUAUAAGAAAAGCUACUGGCUGAAGGUGGACUGUUGAAGCCCCCAACAAGUAGGUCAGACUCCAUUAGUAGAUCUCCAUGUGAGAGCCCUGGGUUUAGCUGGGAUUUCUAGGUGACAGGAAAAUGCAGCUGACCCGUCUGUUCCUCUCAGAAACUUACCAGCAGUCUUCUCUCCUCUCAGGUAGGGCAGCCAAGCACCUCCUUUGGUGAUAUCAAAAUUUGUGGAAAUAAAAAGUAACUUUAUGUCAACAACAUUGGGGGCUUCUGCUAUAAAAUGAUACAAAUGAUGUGUAGCCAUGUGGUACUUAAAGUAUCUUAGAUCUCCCAGCUCUUAGACGUGUGCAUGAAGCAAAAUCUUAACGUUUUAAUUGCUUAGAAGUCAUACAGAUACACACACACACACACACACACACACACACACACACAUCGUACAAUAGAAUUUAGUCACAUUACCACCGAUUACAUCUGAAGUGCAUAGAAACAAAUGUAACCCAUUUUUUUAAAAAAUAUGUAAUAAACUACCUAUAUAUGUAUAGCAUAGGAAAAAAUGUGAGUAAUUUAGUAAUAAUUAUUAUCUGUUGGUGCACUUAAUUUGCAAAGCACUUUCACUCUGUUAAUUUGGUUUAAAUCCUCACGACUCUGUGAAGUAAUUAGAUUUAGUCAUUAGAGGCUGAGAACUGUUGACAGAGGGGAUAACACUGGUUAUCAUUCUCAUUGCCCCUUAGAGCCUUUGACACAGCUACAGCAUCUCUAAAUUAAAAAGAGAAACUCUUAAUAAAAAUCUAAAUUGACUACAUAUGCCACCCUGAGAUGAUUUGAGGCUCUUUCUUCACUUUUAGUUGGCAGUUCAUUUGAUUGUUCUUUUGAAUGAAAAUACUGAAAUUAGAGCUCUUUCUCACAGUUUCCUGGUGUGCACUUUCAUAACUGGCAUUUGAAACCUGGCAUUAGAAAGUGCCUAGUAUAUCAAGCUAUUAAUAUGUAUAAAGCUGAUAAAAGCUGCCUUUGAUCUGUUUGUUUAGAUUUCUUCCAUGAGAAUAAUUUUCUUACUAGCCAUCAGUUCAGAUUCAUUUUAAAGGUGUUAGACUUCCAUACUCAAACUUUCCUUUUAACAGAGAGACUCACCUGAUUAAUAAUAAUAUUGUAUGAAAUUCUUUUCUGUGCAGUAAGUUACAUAAAUGUAGAACUUUAAUUAUUAAUAGUCAUAGUGUAUAUUUAAUUGAACAUUUAUUUCCUUUAUUUCCCUUUAGGUAUCUUAUAAGACUUUGAACUUUACUGUUCUGUCAUCUGAAAAAAAUAUGAAUUACCUGUGAUAUUUGGACUUCGAUGUGGUUGGGCUAUCUCCCCUCAUACCUGUAGAACUGGGUAUUAUCCAUUUUUUUCUAGUUUAGAGUAUGGGAAGGACAGUUUCACAUCCUCCCUUUUCUCUUCAUAAGGAAAUGCAGCCUCAGAGUGAUUCCAUAUUCCAGACAGUUCAAAGAAUUCUGAACCAUAAGCUGAGCUUAGUUUCAGACCUGGAAUGGCCAAAUAUCAAGGUGAAGUUCAGAGUUUGAAACUGGAUGAUGAUUCAGUUAUAGAAGGAAAAUGCACAUCAAAACAUUCACCCAGAAAACCAAGAGCUGGUAAGGGAGCUUCGGGAACAACUUCAAACAGAACAGGAUGCAACAGCUGCUGCUCGACAGCAGUUCUACACUGACAUGUACUGUCCAAUCUGUUUACAUCAGGCCUCCUUCCCUGUGGAAACCAACUGUGGACAUCUUUUUUGUGGUACCUGCAUUAUUGCAUACUGGCGAUAUGGUUCAUGGCUUGGGGCCAUCAGUUGUCCAAUCUGCAGACAAACGGUAACUUUACUCCUAACAGUAUUUGGUGAUGAUGAUCAGUCUCAGGAUGUUGUGCGAUUGCUUCAAGAUAUUAAUGAUUAUAACCGAAGAUUCUCAGGGCAGCCUAGAUCCAUUAUGGAAAGAAUUAUGGAUCUACCCACUUUACUGCGGCACGCAUUCAGGGAAAUGUUUUCAGUCGGGGGCCUUUUCUGGAUGUUCCGCAUCAGGAUAAUACUUUGUUUAAUGGGAGCUUUUUUCUAUCUUAUAUCACCUCUAGAUUUUGUACCUGAAGCCUUGUUUGGAAUCCUAGGUUUUCUAGAUGAUUUCUUUGUCAUCUUUUUGUUGCUUAUUUACAUCUCUAUUAUGUAUCGAGAAGUGAUAACACAGAGGCUAAAUAGAUGAAAAAAAAAGAGGUUACUAGAAUAUUUGAACCAGUGUAUAAAUUCAAACAAAAGGAUCUAUGGCAUUAUCAAGCAUUCGAAUACUAUCUUACAAGCUUAAAACCACAGUGUGAUAAACAUUUGAUUAUCAUUUGACAAAUGCUUAGCAAUAUAUAACUGGAAUUUUAACAUGUUGUAGGUUCUGAUAUUAAGUUUAGAAUUAUAAUGAUCUUGAUUCUGUGUUGUCUGUAAAGUCUCUGGAAGAAAUACGGAACUAUAUAAAAAGGGAUGGUUUUAUGUCUUUUUGAUAUAAAAUGAAAACUAUUUCCCAGAACUCAGAUUAAUUGGAUGUAUAGUAAGAUACUGUUAAAUGUAGUUUAUCCAGUAUAUCCUCCUCAGUGGAUAUCUUUAUAAUACAUAGCUGUGAAACUCAUCCAAAUAUUUUUGUUACAAUAAAAUAUUGUAUAAUAUUGGGGUAACGUCAGUAUUUCCUAUAGAAUUAGCCAAGUUUUGUGCAUUUGGAGCAGUUCUACAUUUCUAUGCUGGCAUGAUUCUUUGUUAUCAGCUGAAACUGAAGGAAGAAACUUGAGCUUCAUAAUUUGAUUUCAUAUUCUGGUUUACAGAACAAGUUUUAAUCAAUAGGAGAAUUUAACAAGAUGAAAAACAUUUAUCUCCAGUCAGCACACUUUAUGUUCACAGUUGUGACAUUUAAACAAGAGUUUUGUCCUUUCACAGGAUUAGCAUAUAAAAGUAACUUGUAAAGAGGAUACUACUAGGAGUCUAAUCUCAGUUCAGUCAUUUAUUUGUUGCAUGGCUUCAGGCAAAAAAACUUUCACCUAUAAUAUGGGGAUUUCCUCUAUGAAAAGGAAGGAUGAUACUACAAACACAUAGUAGUCCGGUGCAUUUCUGAGGAAAGUGGAUCUUCAUGGUUGUGAGCAUCAAAGCCCUUCGGGGGGUAGUAGGAACACUAUUUAAAUUUGACUUGAAAUUACUGGCUUAACUUUAGCAACCAAAAAAAAAACCAAACCUAUUGCCAUCAAGCUGAUUCUGACUCACGGUGACCCUAUAGGACAGAGUAUAAAUGCCCCAUAGGAUUUCCAAGGAGCGGUUGGUGGAUUUGAACUGCUGACCUUUUGGUUAGGGGCCAAGCUCUUAACCACUGCAUCACCAGGGCUCCAACUUUAGUAACAGAAUGGACAGAUUUGAUUGGUUUUCUAUUCAGUCAAAAAACAUAAUACUGUCUAUAGAUGGCAGCAUAUAGCCCAGAUUGAUUACGUCUAAAAAACAUUGUGCAGAAUGAGCAAAAUAUAUCUGAUGUGAUUGGAUAGGAAAGUUAUCUUGUUUUUUUCUGAAGGUUAUGGCAUAAGUAUCUAAUGCUCUCUUCUGCAGUUUUCAGUUUGAGGAAGAUAAAUACCACAGGUAUCAUACAGUCCUCAUUCACUUCAUCUGCCAUUGUUCAUUAGUGAAUUUAGGACAGCCCAGUGUAAAUCAGUGUGUGCCUUACCAUCUGCAGUCACUGAUACUAAUACUACCCAUUAAUUCGUGAGCCUCACUAUGUGUAGAUAGUGAGAUGAGAGAAAAAUCUAUCAGAUUUUCUAAAAUUAAUCUGAUUAGCCAUCAGCUAAUGAGAUUUCUGGAUGAAAUACCAGUAACAGUGUUUUCUAACUUGGGCCUAUGACAAAGCUGUUGCUUGUUAUAGAGAAAAACAAUACUUAAACUUAGUACAUUAUAAUUAAAGCAGUUUCUCACAUAUUUUUCAUUUUAUUCUUAGGCCAGUUUCAUGGGGAAGGCAGCGCAUCACCUUCCUUUUCAUAGAUGAAAUCCUCAUUUUACAGAUGAAAGUGUUUUGCCUGAAGCCACGCAACAAAUAAGUGAUUGUACUAGGAUUAGACUUUUAGUAGGAUUCCUGCAUAGGUUGUUUAGAUAGAAUUUUCUGAUAGUGAAAGUUAUUAUGAAGUGGGAAGCAGGAGAGGAACUGGGUGGGGGGUCCUCUGGAAGUGUUUCAAAAUGCAUUAGUCCUUCAUUGGGCUUAGGUGUUUCUGACUAAGAGAGGAAAAGGUCUAAGAUAACACAUCCAGACCUCAUGAAUCCCAAUUCUGUGCUUCCAAAUCAAACGUCUAAUUGGGUGGCACACUUCAUAGAGAAGGAGUACGUCUGCAGUUAACCAACUUGAAAGCAAAUGAGUGGGAGUUGUGGCACAACCAUUUACCAGUGUAGAAACGCAUUUCAUACCAACUAUAAAUUUGGUACAGGGCUAUAGCAAUGUCAUGUUUUGAAAUGAUUUUAUUUUCUGUGCAUGUGUUCUGCUCCAAGUGUCACAUUUCUGGGUACGAUAAUUUUACUGUAAUAUUUUAAAAUUUCUUCUAAGACUUUCCUGGUAGAGGUGUAUCAUACCCAGCUUUUUAACGUACAGAAACACUAUGAUCUGAAAUCCUAUGAAACUGAAAAGGGAACAUGCUGACAUCUCAGAAUUUUAGAACUAUUAAUUAUGUCAUCUUCAUUCAUCACUGGUAAUAAAGGCAGAGGGGAUCUGAGAGUAUUUAAAGCAAGUAGAGUCAGUCAGUAUUUUAAAUAUCAUAGUAAUACUUCUGUGAUUUACAGUAAGAUCAUAGAAAUCAAAGUAAUGUUAAUUUGGAUUUUUGUAAAACAAUAUUGUAACUGAUGCAAAAGCAGAUGGUCCAACCCCAGGAGCAGACAAUAAAUUGGGCGGCUCUGUGGGGAACAAGGCAAGAGAAACAGUUGUUCUAACUGCCCACGAGAGCUGUGGUUUCAACGACUGCAAUUCUCAGCUUUUGAGUGGAACAAGGGAAGAAAGGACUUGUGUUGAUCCCUUGUGGCUGUGCAGAUACCUACCUCACAGAGUUGUUGUAGAGAAUUGGCGGUUUGGUUCAAACUUUGUGAUUUAAGAGUUUGUCAAACAGUUUAUUCUUUUGAAUAAAAGUACUACUAUAUGUAAAAUUUUAAAAAAUAGGUGUUAUUUUCCUGUUUCUUUGAUAUUAUUUCCUUUAUAAUUCAGAACUCCUGAAAGGACAUUCUUUUCCACUAAUGGAUAUCCAGUAUCUCAUCACAUUUCUUAUUCAUUUUCCUUAGAUACUUUAAAUUUUAAGAGAUAGAAAAGGCCCUAGAACUUAGAAUCUCUUAGGACCGGGUCGAUACUCUUUCAGCGCUGUUAAGAGGAGGCAAUGCUGUUACAAAGAUAAAGACAAUCAUUUAGAUUUUGUUGCUGUCAGAUAUGAGGUGCCAUCAAUUAGGAUUCUAAAAUAAACUUCAUCUUUUAUCACUGUCAUCCUCAUCCAUUGCAUCCUCUGACUUGUCCAAAGUCCCAGAAUGGUACGUGAGAGGAGUAAACGUCUAUUGGACGACACGGAGCAUGUUCGGACCGCUGUCCUUGCCGGCACUGGCCUUAGUCUCCCUUUCACACUAGUGGUAUUUAGCUUGUGAUCUCAGCUGUAGACCUUUCAAAGGGAAUGUAAUAUGUGACGGAGGAAAGGAUUAAGAGUUGAAAGUGUUUUAAAAAUCCCUGAUGUCUAACAGUGUAUAUUUCAACUUGUUUAAAAACACAAAUUAAAAAAAGUUUAGUUAACCGCUAUUCAGAUCAAAACAGUUACCCU